AUGGAUGACGAGCCGGACGAGGAGACGACAAAUGAGGAGAAAAAAGAGGCGGAGAGAAAGCGACAGGAAGAGCUCCGGGAGAAAGUGCUAUUCUAUUUAACCACCUUCUUCAUACUACUGGCCAUAGUCAGCCUGUUCGUCUUCCUGUUCCUGGUGCCGUUCCUCAUUGAACCGGCUAUCACAACAAUAUUCAUGGAAUUCGACGAAACGCCGACCACGUGCGUGACUGCGUUCUCGGAGGUGCGCGAGGGCGCGUCCAAUUGUUCGCAGCCGGGUGGUUGGGCGUCGUGCAGGGAGGGCUGUACCCGGGAAAUUUACGAGUGCGUUCAGAUACUGGUUAAUUACACGGUGCACGGGGACCGGGCAAAAGACUUAAACGCCAGGCACCGGAGGUCUCUGCUGGUUCGCGGCUUCCAGCCCAUCGAACCGGAGCCCGCCACGUGGGCAUACUCGUACGCUCGGAUAUACCCGAACGUCAAGGGUUGUGGUUACCCGCCGCACCUCAAUUGUUCCGUGUUCAAGAACAUGUAUUUCGACGUGGGCGCCAGCUAUCCGUGCUAUUACAGCCGCGUGGAACCGUGGGUGGUCAUCACCGAGCUGGAUCUGGCCAAGAGCAUCAGACAGCUCAUCUACUCGAUGGUGUUUCCCAUACCGUGUUUCGUCGUGUCCGUCGUGUACGUGACGCUCGCCUAUUUCUGCAUUUACGCCGGCCGGAACCGUAAGCCGAAAAUGAAGCGCCGUAUCGUCCGACGUAUGGUCAUGGGCGGGGCGGGGGGUGGCUCAACUUCCCGGGCCAAGACGGGUUCCGAAGUGACGCCGCUUACCGUCAACAACAGCGGAGUGCCGUUCUCGCAGCAGCAACAGCAGUACCGCCGGCAGCAGCAACAACAGCACCAUUACCGCGGCAGCAGUGAGGAAGCCCGCGGCGGUGGGGUUAGUGGUGGUGUGGUGGGCGGUGGUGGUGGUGGCACCACCGGGACACCCGGCAACGAACUGUUGUACCGGGACGACGAUGACGACGACGAAGACGACGACGACGCGUCCAGCGCUUACUACGGCGAACAGCUCAGGUCCACGUUAGCCGUGGACGACUCGUCGGCAGACUACGUCAACACUCUCCGGAUGUCCGAACACACGCUCAGACAAUCAGACUCAAACGAACCUUCCAGAGAGUGGUCCGAAGACGAAGUCGUCAGCGCGUCCGAAAGCCCCGACCCGUCCGUCAAAGCGGUUUCUACUUCCUCCGCAACAGCCGCCGCUGCUCCGUUUCCGGACAAUUCUCCUACCGGGUAUGAUCUCUGUUUAGUGUUUUUUGUUUUUAUCGGUCCUUGCCGGUUGACGGUUUAGGUUAAAUGAUCCACAAAGGUUCGCGGAGUAUUCAAACUAACCGUUUCCGUUUUAUACGUUUGAACGGAAGUCAAUAAUGUUAUAUUUAUCGGAAGUUGGCAAAUCAUUAUUGGAACGGUUUGCCCUCGCGAAUGAUAUUUUGUGUUCUAAUAAUUUUUGUUGGUAUUUAUUACGCAAAGUCGUGCGCGGGAUGCGUUUAAGCGAUUUAAUAAAGUAUAUAAUAAAACGAUUUUACAAUAUUUAUUCGUAUAAUAAAAACUUACUUUUAAUAUAAGUUUUCCAAUAUAUAUAUAAUUACCGUAACUAUAUUAUAUUACCGGUGCGUAUAAUAAAACCGUUUGAUACUUAAAUAGGCAUUGUGUUAUAACAGGGACUAAAGUUCCUUAAGUAUAGGUAGGUAUAUACCUACGUUAUUAAUUGCGUCGAAAACUUCGCAUUACCGAUAUUUAAGGGGUUACGUAUACAAUUGUAUGUAGCAGUUUUAACGGAAUUUUGAAAAAAAUUAAAAUUUAUUGACUCGAUAAUAAUUUUCAAAUUCAAUAAUGGUGUCGGGUACCUGAGGUCACAAGUAUUGAUUACGUUAUUGUGAAAUUCGUUGAAAACCUUACGCGCGUAAACCGGACAAAAAAAGUCCCCUUAAUAGUGAUUUUAGAACUUUUAUACUUAUUGUGGAAAUAAAAAAAUUAAAAACACUGUCUUGGAUAUGGGAUAAUAUCGAUUUUCCGACAUUUUAAAUACGAACUAGGUAUUCAAAAAUAAAAAGUGGCUUUUAGUUCAAUAUUCUUUAAGUUUCAUCAUAGGCCGUUUGUCGUUAAAUCAUAAUUUCUAGAUUGAACAAUUUUAUACGAAACAAUACAAAGGUUCUUAUUGUGCUCAAAAACGAUCACGCUCGCCUCAAUUUUCCGUCACUUAUGUUGUUCAUCGGUAGGUAUUGGAAUAAGUAAUAACUAAUAUUUCGUUUUCUUAAAAUAGAUACGAUAAACAAUCAGCGCGUUUACAAUUUUUGUUAUUAGUUUUAUUUUUAUUUACAUGGCUUGUUUAUUAAGUGAAAUGCUUGGAAAGGACCGUCGGUCGUUUCUUCGAAUAAAACCACUGUGAUAAAACGAUGUACAGCUACAAGUAUUGGAGAAAGUUCUGUAUUCGGCAGUAAAGUCUAUUAGAAUUAGAAAUAGAAUAUCCCGAGAACUGGGACAAUUAAUCGGAAAACAACAUACGUACUGGAGUAGUACACGAAAAGAUACGUAUCUACGUAACGAUGAGAAUAUUCAAUCGGAUUAAACUGUUAUUAUAUAUUUUAAUAAUAAAAGCUUAUAAUAUGAGCUUAUAAGUUUAUUUAAUAUAUUUAUAUAUUAAUUGAGUUUAAUAUAACUCAAUUAUAUAGUAGAUAGAAUAACUACCUGUUCUCUAUAUUUUAUUAUUAUUAUUUUUUUUUUGGAAUUUGGGGGGGGCAUGGUCAUUUGCCCUCCUCCCUAGAGAAACCACUGAUAGGUAGAUAUAUAUUAUUAUGAAUAGGUACGCGGUAGUCGUGUAAAGAGCGACGAAAAUCUACUGACUGCAAUCGAUAUGACUUGAGUUUCGGAGCAGAUGUAUCUCCGCUCGAAAACAGUACAAUAUUGUUAUUUCACAAUACGCCGCGAUGGAUUGUGAAAAACAACGCAGUGCGAAAUGUCGUAGUUUUUAUACGCGUUUCGUGCAAGUUUUCAGCUAAGUCGGCUGCCGUAGUGUCGUCUCGUCUCCUUUUAUACAUUGUUCUAAUAUUAUUUUCAUUUCGCGAAACGAAAGUAAUUCAGAGGGUCGAUUUUCGAGCGGUAGGAAGGUCGCUGCACAUUUAUUAUUGUCGUGCACAAAAGUUUGAAGUUAUCGCGAUAAUAAUAUUAUGGAAGACAAUUUAAAUUCGUGUCGACUGUGUUUUGUCGGUAUGACAAAAUAACGGUAUGGGUCCCGCCGCUAUGCAACGACACAAUAAAUUAACGAAACAACGUUAAAUUCUUCUAGUUAUUGUUAUUUGUUGUUUUGUUCAAACCUGUCGACAUAUUAAAUUACAGGUUUUUAUCUGUGUUCGUCUUUCCUAUUCACCUCUAACUUGGUGGUUUUUUUUUUUUUAAACGGCCGCCAGCAGCAAUAAAAUAUAUUGUUCUUCUAUUAUGCUUAUUAUUUCUUAUUGACAGACUCUUAAGCAGGUGCGUGUACAAGAGAGGGGGCUUUAGGAGUUCCCCUUCUCCGAAAUUUUAUGGAAAUUAUGAUAAAAGUAGAUUUAGAGUCUCUAAAGUGGUUUCUUUCAAUGAGGAAGAUAAAUACAAUUUUGGCUUAUUUUAUUAUUAGAUAGGAUGUUAUUAUUGUAAUUUCUAAUUUUUUGUGGUUUUCCUGCUUUUAGAAAAUUAUAACUGAUAUGGCGAUAUUGCAUAGUCUGAAUUAUCAUCACAAUAAUAUAAAUUACGUUAUCAUUUAGGCUGUAUUCUCUAAAAAAAUAUUAAAUGUAAAAUUUUAUAUUAGUUACUUAUAAAAGGCUAAAAAUGAAUGUUGACAUUUUUAAUGAAAAAUAAAUAAACCUACGAUUGAAAGUAUGUAAAAUUCUUUGUUAUAAGAGUAUGAAAGUUAAACACCCUUCCCCUCCGAAAUAUUUGUUUGUAAUCGCACCUGCUCUUAAGACCACACUGCUAAACACAAAAUCAAUCUGCCAUCUGUUAUCCCUGUUCUCUGUAGCAUUUCGAUUCUUUUAACGAUCUCUCUAAAAAAAUAUUAUGUUGUAUACUAUUAUUAUUGUUCAAUGUGAUACAAUGUACACUGUGGUAAUGUUAAUAUAAUGCUAGAAAACGCAGUCCUGGACUUAAUACCUCCGGUUGCGUAUGGAUGUAUGGUUAUCGUUCAAGUAUCAGUCUACAAAUUCGUUUUCUAUCAUAUUUUAUUUUUUUAUUUCAUAUUGUUUCUAACUAUUUUGUUUGAUUUUUACGCAGUAGGUUUUUUUUUUAUUUUUAUAAAUUAAUUUUUUGUUUGCAUGUAUAUAUUUAUAUAUAUUGAUCAACCAAAAAUAGUUGGAAUUAAGGCGAACGAGAUGAAGAUAUAUAUUAUAUAGUGUAUAAAAAUAUUUUUUUUGGCACAAUAUUACGCUGUUAAAAAACGUUGUAUUAUCGUACGAUUAAUGUAUAAUGUUGUCGUUAAUAAUGUAAAACGUUUAAUUUUAAACGUUUCCCCGUUAAAAGUUCAAUUACCCAUUUGCCGGUUUUGUGACCGUUUUCACUCAACAGAGUACUCAAUAUAGUAAUACCGUCGUAUUAAAUAUUUCCUAUAACAGUGUGGAAUAUAAAUAACAAUAAUUAAUGUAAUAAGAUUAUUUUUUAUAUGGUGUAGUAAAAUAAAACGUAUACGUUUAUAUUACGUUUUAAGUCGAUAGAAAAUGUAUUACCUACGUAUAAAGUUCCACAUAAGUCAACAUGGUAUACAUUUUAGAUAAUAUUUAUUUAAAGUAUAUGAGUUUAAUUUGAAACAAGUCUAAAAAGUACAAGGCAUACAAAUAUUAGUAUAUAAGCUGCCUGUAAGAAAUAGGAAAGUUUAUUAGUGUUUAGUAUUAAUAUAUUUAUGUAAAAAUACUUCAAAGCCAAUAUGUUUAUUAAUAUAUGUAACUACUGGACACUUAAAAACAUUGUACAUUAAGAGGUGAUCAUUACCAGAUCAUGACACUAUAGUUUAUGUAUACAGUGAAAGAUGGUUUAAUCAGCUUAUUUCUUAUGAUUUGUAUCUAUACUGCGUAUCUUGUUACAAUAUUAUAACGUUCGAGUUGCUUUUUCGAGUAAUUUAUCUUUAUUUUCGUUUCAUUAGGUGGUAUAGCUACGUGCAGUUUUCUAUAUGUGUAUAUCUAAUUCCAUACGUGUGAAUCAUUUUAUUUGAGAAUUAUUACUUUUAUAUAUUGUAUGAGUGUGUGUGUGUGUGGUUAUGUAUAGUGUGUAAACAGAUAUUUUGCGAAACACACACACACACACACGCAUACUUAUACUAUUUAUUACAUGAAAUCGAUUUCUCACCGCCACCUUAUAAGUCGGUUGUAUUUGUUGACUCGUUAGCUUUUCCUCGGUUUAGAUUGUUUCGGUAGUAUAUUAUUCCGGAAAAGCUCAAUAGUACAGUAUACACAUAUAGUACUAAAUGCAAACUUUAAUUAUUAUUAUUAUCCGUAGCUGUAUACCACCACCCAAAGCUGGGUCAAUUUUUUUUAUUCAGUUUAAGUAAGUUAGAUUAUCCUAAAACAAAAAAAUAACUGAUCUAGGUUAAGUCAAUUUUAAAAUUCAAACGAAGUAUUAUCUUACAAAUGUUCAGAUUAGUUUAUAGACUUAUAUAAGACUCGUGCGGGUAUUCCAUAUCCUUGCAUAGGCCGCAUGUCCGUCUUGUUAUUAUAUGAUAAUGAUAGUAAUUUUCCUCGAAAAGAUAAUAUUUUUUUAUUUACGAAAAAUGUCUUUAAUACUUUUUUAGAAAUUACUUAAAUUUUAACGAAAUAACUAAAUUAAGUUAAAAUUGUUUGUUAAAUUAUUUUCUAACAUUCUGUUAAACUAGUUAAGUUAAAUGUAUCAAAAAAAGUAACUUGUAACUUGUCUAGUAGUUAUGCUGUCCAACGGUGCUACCUUAUUGCGGUCAACCUCGUGUUUUCACAACAUUUCACACGGUUACCUGAAUACUUACAUAUUAUGAUAAAAUUGUAUUUUAUAAAUAGGCCAUAUUAAAAAUUAAUCGACUUAGGCAUGGUACGGGCGAGUCAUUCUCGUCGUUUUGUGGAAUGUGCUGGUGCCGGAGACGAAAUCGUCGAAUUUCUAAUGAAACACUACGCGAGCGCAUGAUCUUUUUUUUUCAUCUGUGUAACACCGCGAUCACCCCGAGAGUUGACCCUAUGACCCAAUGACCUGUCCAAUAAUCAACUCGUGACUGUGUAUAACAAUAUCUGCAAUACAAACGCGUUCGCUGCGAACAUAAUAUUGUAAUAAUAUCGUAAAUAGAUAAUUUAUAGCAAUUAUGUUAUGCACAAUAUAUUAUUUUAAUAUUUUUGAGUUUUCUCGUAUAUCGAGUACCGCGAGCCAGGCGUUACAAUACGACGUGCCCAUACAUUAUAUUUUUACGACGUCUAUCGAUUUCUCAAAACGUACUGUGCGUAUUAUUACUUUAUUCGUUGGAAUAUAUUAUGUUAUAUAAUACACAUUUUUAUUAUUUUUUUUUUUUUCCAAUGACCAACGGGCUUUUCGCGAUGUAUGACGCGCAAAGGAUAAUGCGCGGGUAAUAAAAAUACGGUCCGGCGUGUCUUAUUAUAUCGGCGACGAAGAGAGCUGAAGGUUAGUGUGUUUUUUUCUUCAAUUUCCAAAAGAGUUUUUUAUUAUUAUUUUUUUUUUUUUGAUAAUCAAUUCGUCUAAUCGUUUUUUAUUAGUUUUCCAUUCGUGUCGAAAAGUUGCUCAUUUUAUUAUACGCACAGCCGCCACGGGAUCGUUCAAACGGGUCCUUCGCUUAUUUUUUUUUUCGUUUUGUAAUAAUCAUUACCAACGUCGAUACCGUAAUCUUCUCGUGCGCGUAUAUCCCUAAAAACUUUCGUUUACAAAGCUCUCCGUCCGCGAAAAUUCCAUUAAACCUGCACCGGGCACAAAAUGUGUGCGCGGUGUGUGUGUGUGUGUGUGUGCGCGUGUGCGUGUGUGUGUGCUUUGUGUAUAUAAUAUUAUUAUGUUUGUGUACACGUAAAUAACAUCAGCCGUGCGAAACGAGACAAAUGACGGGUUUCGCAUAAGAGUCGCGAGUAAACGUAUAUUAUACAAUAUACACAUAUAUAAUAUUAUAUCCGAGAAUAAUAACAACUAUACGCUUUUGAACUUAAAUCCUUCGUGAUGAGGGGUGUCUAAUUCGUAACGUAUUAUACAGUGUAUUUUUUUUGUCUAUCUAUUUAUGGACAUCUAAUCAUAUUUUAAUAUAAGUAAUAGCGGAUUUUGUUCGUGUAUUAAUUAUAAUAUAUACUCUAACGCCAGAUCGGUAUAAUGAUAAUGUAUGGCGACGCAGUCAAAUCACGUAAUAUACAUUAAACUUUAAUCACACGGGCGGAUACUCUAAAGGAAAACCGCGUUCCUGACUGGAUAGGUACUGGCUAUGAGACAGGGCAACGGAGUGACUGAAGUCGCCCGCCUUAUACGCGGUCCCGCAAAACUAUGCGAUUUGUCGAUUCGUAGGAUAACAUAGUGUCGCCUCGCGAUUUCGACGACUAUUUUAGUUGUGUGCGAAGCAACGAUGUUAUAAUAAUAAAAAAUGUUUCUAUUCGUUUAUUCGAGAAUAUCGUCCGACUAGGAGGCUGCUAGGUGACUAGGAGACCGAUAAUUCCGUCUAUACUCCGUUUCAUGCGAGAACAACAACCCUGAAAUUCGUCCGUUUUCGCGCAUUCGCCGUUUUCGCACACCGAUGACCGCGUGGUUGGAGAAUUUGACCACAUGACGGCGGAGCUCGUUUAUUAAUUGGACGCGCGAGCAAUUUCAUCAAUUAUUGAGGCGAUUUCCCUAUAAUCCAUACAACGACGCUAAUAAUAAAACACUGUUGUGUUUAAAACAAUGUGUGCAGUUGCUAGUUGUAAUAGUAGCCUAGUCUCCUAUUACAGUUCCUUUUAGGUAUCUCCCCGUGUGAUGCGGGUCUCAAUUCCGUACCCACACGUGUAUUACCUAUACUUAAAAGUAAUUUCAUGUGUUUUUAUACAUUUGUUUCAGAAACUUGACCAAGACGAUGACGACGUGUAUCUUAACUCCUCCUGGGCCGACGGCCGAAGUUUGA